AUGACACUACAAUCCCUACGCCACUCGGGGAGAAGCUCCGAGAGCAAUACGGAGAGCUCCCUGGACGACAUUGACAUUGCGAAGCGGAACAUCGCGACGGGCUUGUCCCGUGGGCGCCAUGCCCACGUUGAUCGAAAACACGCGGCUGCCUCCAAGCGGUGGAAAACGUUCUGGUCUGCUUUCCGGUACCUGCAGGGACUGACUCCGAAGCAAGUGGAUGACUUCAUGGCCUCCUACGUCAUCUAUAACCUGGACUGGUCCGACGAGAAACAGAUGAUCGCGACGCUGGGCGAGGACUACCAGCAGAAAGUCGGCGACUGUCUCAAGGCCUACUAUGGCGUCCUGAACCACCUCUGCGCCCUGGGCGAUGUCGAGAAGAUGUACAUCCCGCCCUGGAUGAGUAAAAAGGCGACCGUGCGCGAGAAUCAAUUGCUGUACGAAGAGUCCAUCGCCCAAGACAUCGGCCUGAAAUCCGGCGACAAGGAUUUCAAUAACCUCCCGCUACCCUUCGAGGACGAGACCUUCGACGCUUUCUACCAGAUCCAGGCCCUGAGUUUGUGCAAGGACAUCCCCGCCCUCUUCCGCGAGAUCUACCGCGUUGUCAAGCCUGGCGCAAAGAUCUCCUCCCUGGACUGGGUCAGCCUGCCGGCAUACGAUCCCCAGAACCCCGAACAUGCCGAACUCAUGCGUCGCGUGAAGCCCCUAAUUGGCGCCGUGGGGACGCCCACCCCCGAGAGCCUGGAGAAGGCCCUGACAGACGCCGGCUUCGUGGUUCUCAAAUCCGACAACGCCAGCAUCGACGGCCUGCAGGCGCCCCUCAUAGAUACCGUCGACGGCUACUUCCGAGCAAUGCGCCAGGUUAUUUUGGGUCUGGUAAAACUACAUCUCAUCCCACACCACUUCAAGACGCUCAUCAACCGGUUCUGUCUGGACGGACUCGCUUUCAUCAAGAUGGAUAACAUGCGACUCGCCACGACAAGCUACCGCAUUGUCGCGCAGAAACCAGCCAGGAACUAA